UAAUAAACUAAUUAAAAAUGGAUCCAAUUUAUUAUGAGGUUAUUAAAAGACCAAAUAUUAAAUAUAAAUUAUAUUUUGUGAUUAUAUCACUUUUAACUGUAAUUUUCGUAACUUGUUUCACAUUGUUUUACUUGUUUACGUUAAACAAAAAUGACACAAUUAUUGACUAUAGACCACAACAAAUACAUUUAGCAAUUGGAGACAAUAUCCGUGAAUUAGUGAUCGCAUGGAGUACCCGAUCAGAUCCCGACGAGUCUAUUGUCAACUUUGGCUACGAUUGUAACGAUACUUAUAUGAUAGCUUCUGGAGAGAGAAAACUGUUAGAUAGUAACGGAGUUCAUCAAUACAUACAUUUUACUACAUUAAAACAUUUAAGGCCACAAUCUAAAUAUUGCUAUAGUGUAGGCUCUCACAAGUCGUGGUCUAAACAAUAUGAGUUUAUAUCGUUUCCUGAAGAUCAAAACUGGUCGCCAACUGUGGCACUGGUAGGAGAUAUGGGUUAUGACAAUGGUAGAUCUAUUAAUAGUCUCAGUGUUAAUACAUUAAAAGGCAAAUACGAUGCCGUCAUUCAUAUCGGUGAUAUCGGAUACAAUUUAUAUGCCUUUAACGGUUUAAUGGGAGACUCCUUUAUGAAUGCCGUCCAACCAUUUGCAGCGAGAGUUCCUUAUAUGGUGAUACCCGGCAAUCACGAGUAUAUAUGUUACGAUAACAGGUGUCCCAGUGACUAUGGGACCAGCUAUGAGACCCGUUUCAAAAUGCCACAAUCCGAUGACAAUAGUCACUACACCUUUACAUUGGGUCCAAUCUUGUUUAUAGGUAUUUCCACUGAAGUCUAUUUUCAAUCAGAAAUGAGUGAUUUAGAGGCCUCGCAGAAACAGUUAAAAUGGCUCACAAAUGUCUUAAAAGAGGCCAACAAACCUGAAAAUAGGGCCCGACAUCCAUGGAUUGUACUCUACGGUCAUCGGCCGCUAUAUUGUUCGGCUGAAUCGGAAUGUAUUGAUGGUAUGACUCCUUUUAUAAAGGACGGCAAUGUUGUCGGCAGUCUCUUUGAUAUCGACGAUCUUCUCUAUGCAUAUGGUGUUGACUUAGCCUUUUGGGGUCAUAUGCACUACUAUGAGCGCAUGUAUCCCACAUAUAAUCAAACGGCUUACGUAAAUUCAAUGUAUUCCAACGCUUUUGUCAAUCCCAGAGCCACUGUCCAUAUUAUAUCGGGAACUGGUGGAAUGCAUUCGGGAACCGAAACCUAUAGUCCGAUACCCGCUCUUUGGACAGCAUUUCGGUCGUCAGCCUAUGGCUACACUCGGUUUACGGUUUACAAUGAAAGUCAUCUUUAUUUGGAACAGAUCGAUGUCGACAAGAAUGAUUUAGUGAUUGACUCCAAUUGGAUCGUACAACAGGAACAUCAAUCAUUUAUCAUAAAAAACAAAAACUUAAAAACAAAUUAAUAAUAAUAAAUA